CUCAGCUGCCUGGGCCCAAGAGCCCUGGAGCCCGGGGCGACCACGCUCAGCUCGGACACAAAGGCCCAGCGCGUGUACAGGGCCCUCCCACCUAUCACCCUGGCCCUUAUCUGCUUGGAUGGCGUCUUCCUCUCCCCGACCGAGAAUGAUUUUGUGCACCGUGUCCAAGAGGAGCUGGACCGUUUCCUGCUGCAGAAGCAGCUGUCCAAGGUGCUGCUUUUCCCCCCACUCUCCAGUCGCCUUCGGUACCUGAUCCACAGAACAGCAGAGCAUUUUGAUCUUUUGAGUAGCUUCUCUGUUGGGGAGGGCUGGAAGAGGAGGACAGUCAUCUGUCACCUGGACAUCAGGUUACCCAGCUCAGAUGGACUCUCUGGCCCCUGCCGCCCUCCCGCCUCCCAGUCUAGCAAGUACCGAGGUCCUUGGCCCACCUCAAACCAGGGAGUGGCUGCUACUCCCCGAAGGGCACGGGCAGGCCGGGGGCAUCGGGGGCGCAAGCCGGACCAGCCUUUAUAUGUGCCUCGGGUACUGCGCAGGCAAGAAGAAAGGACACCAACCCCUACCCCGGGGCUCCAGGUUGAUGCUUCAGCUGGCAGGCUCCUGGAAGAGCCUGCAGAUGCUGGUGCUGCGAACCCCAGCUCUGAUCAGGAGUGUCCCGUGUUGAUGAAUCAGGCAACAGAGGACCUGAAGGACCCAGGCCAGCACUGUGAGAACAAGCAGCUGCUCAACCCAGUGGGCGCCCAGCCCUUGGGGCCUGGAAGCCACUCAGGGACGGGGGACAGCCUGGAGGAGGCCACACAGCUUUCGUCUGCCCUGCACCCAGACUUGGGAGAGGGGAAUGAGGGUGAGCUGGAGAGGAGCCUGGAAGCAGAGGAGGAGGAAGACCUGGACGAGGAGGGGCCCGACAGCUGCUCCGAGGACGAUUACAGUGAGCUGCUGCAGGAGAUAACGGACAACCUGACCGAGAAGGAGAUUCAGGUAGAGAAGGCGCACGUGGACACGUCCUCCUUCGUAGAGGAGCUGCCUGGAGAGCAGGAUUUUGCCCACGUGGUGGAGAUCUACGACUUUGAACCAGCGCUCAAGACUGAGGACCUGUUGGCGGCAUUUUCCGAGUUCCAAGAGAAGGAGUUCAAGAUUCAGUGGGUGGACGACACACACGCACUUGGUGUCUUCCCCUGCGUGGCCUCAGCUACUGAAGCCCUGACCGAGAACUUCUCAGGGCUCAAGAUCCGGCCACUCACACAGGGAAGCAAGCAGUCAAAGCUGAAAGCUCUGCAGAGGCCAAAGCUCCUGCGUCUGGCGAAGGAGAGACCACACACAAGUACGGCCGUGGCCCGCAGGCUGGUGGCCCGGGCCCUGGGGCUUCAACACAAAAAGAGAGAGCCGCCUGCUGUUGAGUCUCCUACCUCCCCGAGGCCCUGAGUGGCCCCGCCAGCCCGGCUCAGCAUCCUCGGGACAAGCCGGUGCCCCCACAAACCUCUGCAAAGACAACGGCCCUGUACUACCGUUGGAGUGUGGGGCAUCACCGUGGGGCGUAGUGGGCUUCAGUUUGGUCUGCUUUCUGAAAUUGAGAAAAAAAUAAAAACUUAAAGGUCAAA